AUGAAAAUAGGACUACUUUUUCUAUGCUUGUACUUAGGAAAGCCUGCUGUAGUAGAGUCAUAUUUCCAAUAUACUGAUGUUAUGGAUGAAAUUGAAGAGUUCAAACGCCUUACGCCCUUUAUGGAAAUUGAAUAUUCGAAAAUGAACAAAGAGACUAAUAUAAUAGAAACUAAAAGAAUAAAAAUUGAGUUUGAAUUAUUCUUUGAUGUAACUCCGAAAACAUGUCUCAACUUUGCAAAAAUCCUUAAGGGCUGUGAAAAGAAAGAUACAGUCUGGAGAUAUAAAGGAUCGUUUUUUCAUAGAAUAAUUAAAGGUUUUGUGAUGCAAGGUGGGGAUUUUACUAAUGGCAACGGCACAGGUGGGAGAUCAAUUUAUGGAAGAAUCUUUGAUGAUGAAAAUUUUUCUAAAAAACAUGUAUUUGGUGUUUUAAGUAUGGCUAACAGUGGUGUAAAUACGAAUGGUAGUCAAUUUUUUAUUACAUUUAACAAAUUUCAGCAUCUUGAUGGGAAACAUGUUGUUUUUGGCAAAGUUAAAAAAAGAGAUUUAAAAAAAUUAAAGGCAAUUGAAGAACUACCGACAAAUGAGCAAAAUGGAAUGCCUAUUUGGCCCGUAAGGAUUAUCGACUGUGGAUUUGAAGAACUAGAAAAAUUCAAUCUUUAA